AUGGCUCCCAAGCAACUCAACUUCAUCACGGGCAACAAGAACAAGCUUGCAGAAGUCAAAGCUAUUCUUGGAGAUACUGUCAAUCUUCAAAGCCAGGCACUGGAUUUGGUCGAGAUCCAAGGCACGAUCGAAGAGGUCUCAGCAGACAAAUGCCGAAGAGCAGCAGCAGCCGUCAAUGGUCCAGUCCUGGUUGAAGAUACCUGCUUGUGCUUCAAUGCCCUGAAAGAGCUCCCUGGACCGUACAUCAAGUGGUUCCUAGACGCCAUCGGCCACGAAGGACUCAACAACCUCCUCCUCGCCUACCCAGAUAAAUCCGCUCAAGCAGUCUGCACCUUUGCCUACUGCGAAGGCCCGGACCAUGAACCCAUCAUCUUCCAAGGCAGAACGGAUGGUAAGAUCGUACCAGCAAGAGGUCCAACAAACUUCGGUUGGGAUCCCAUAUUCGAGUACGAGGGCCAGACGUAA